CAGUCAAUUCGUGUUGGUAUACCUUGAUGAUAUCCUAGUAUACUCAAAAACCGAAGCUGAGCAUACUCAACACCUAAAAUGGGUGUUGGGGAAGCUCCGAGAGCACAAGUUCUUUGCACAGCUUUGGAAAUGCCAUUUCUAUAAGCGCGAGCUCGAGUACCUUGGUCACAUUGUUGGCAAAAAUGGACUCAGGGUUGAUCCCAAGAAGGUGAGUGCGGUCCAGGAGUGGCCUGUUCCUUUAGACGUGGGACAGGUCCGAUCAUUCCUUGGACUUGCAAAUUAUUUCCGUCGCUUCUUGGAAAACUACUCUACUAUCGUCGUGCCACUCAUGGCACUAACUCAAAAAGCUUGGGCAUGGGAGUGGACCUCCGAGUGCCAACAGGCCUUUGAGAAAGUUAAGCGACGAUUUACGAGCACUCCUAUACUGUGAGCGAGAUUACCUUCAGUGGUUUUCU